CAGCGCCGGUGCAGCCGCCGCGCACAGCUCAAUGUGGGGAAAUGACCGAGAGUGACCUCGAAGACGACACGCUGGUGUAGCCGCUGUUUGUACACACGCUUGUUUCAGCAUUAUUGCAAUGUGCGCUGAGGUUUAGUCCGAUCGUUAUUUUCUCUGUGAAGGAAAGGGCCAAAGGCCAUCUGUGAGUGCGUUAUUACGAGUGUGUUGCCGUGGUGCUAACAUUAGCGGGCUAAGCUAAGGUACGGUAGCCUGGUUUCUCGUCGCAGGCGUCAAGCCUUUUUCCUUUUUUUUCCUGCAGAUGCUAAGCUAAGGCUAGGCUAACAGCUGUCAUGGAUAAAGCCAAGUCAAUGAUGGACAAGAAGGGGGCGUCGGGGCCCUUUCAUAUGGCUAAUGGACAGAGCCAGCGGGGCUUUCAGAGUCCCACAAUUGUGACAGCAAAUGGAGCCUGCAGUAGCGGACACAACAGCCACAGCAACGGAGACAGCAUGCACCAUCUGCACCGAGGGGACGAGCCGGACUGCACCGGCUCCCCGGCCAAGAGGUCCAGGCUCCGGAGGAGGACCGAGUCCAUACGGCGGAACAGACCCCCCUUCCCCUGGUUUGGAAUGGACAUCGGGGGCACCCUAGUGAAGCUGGUGUACUUUGAGCCUGUUGAUAUCACUGCAGAAGAAGAGCAGGAGGAAGUGGAAAACCUCAAGUCUAUCCGCCGCUACCUCACCUCAAAUGUGGCCUAUGGUAAAACAGGAGUCCGGGAUGUGCACUUGGAGUUGAGAAACCUGACCAUGUGUGGCCGAACAGGGAAUCUUCACUUCAUCCGUUUCCCGAUACAGGCCAUGCACCGCUUCAUUCAGAUGGGCCGUGACAAGAACUUCUCCAGCCUACACACAACACUCUGCGCUACAGGGGGCGGAGCCUACAAGUUUGAGAAUGAUUUCCGAACUAUGGCUGAUCUGGAGUUGCUCAAGCUGGACGAGCUGGACUGCCUGAUCCGUGGUCUGCUGUAUGUUGACCACGUGGGCUUCAACGGUCACCCCGAGUGCUACUAUUUCCAGAACCCAUUAGACACACAGAACUGUGUGAAGAGACCCUGCACUUUGGACAACCUUUUCCCCAUGCUGCUGGUCAACAUCGGGUCAGGCGUGUCUAUCCUGGCCGUGUACUCUCAGGACAACUAUAAACGGAUUACUGGUACAAGUCUUGGAGGUGGCACCUUUCUGGGCCUCUGCUGCCUGCUCACUGGCUGUGAGACAUUUGAAGAAGCACUGGAAAUGGCCAGCAAGGGCGAUUCCACUAAUGUGGACAAAUUGGUCAAAGAUAUUUAUGGAGGAGACUACGAGCGCUUUGGUCUACAGGGCUCUGCAGUGGCAUCCAGUUUUGGUCACAUGAUGUGCAAAGAGAAGCGUGACAGCAUCAGUAAAGAGGAUCUGGCCCGGGCCACUCUUGUCACCAUCACUAAUAACAUAGGAUCCAUCGCUCGCCUGGUCGCCGUCAAUGAGAAAAUUGAACGUGUGGUAUUUGCCGGGAACUUUCUUCGUAUCAACACAGUAUCCACCAAACUGCUAGCCUAUGCCAUGGACUUCUGGUCCAAAGGGCAGCUAAAGGCACUCUUUCUAGAACAUGAGGGGUAUUUUGGAGCAGUGGGGGCUCUGAUGGAGCUGCUCAAAGCCUCCGAUGACCUGUGACCAGCACCUGUUUCUCUCAACUGUGAUGUCAACUACUGUCGAAGCUCCGACUGUGUUUCUCAAUGCUGCUCAGCGGUCUCCUGGAGGCCACUAAAGGAACUCUCAAUGGGAGGGGAUAUACUGUAGAUACAGAAACUGGGAAAAGCCAUUUUAUUAAUUUAUAUUCUGUAAAUAAGGAUAACUUCUAAUAUUCUUCUCCCAAGCAGAGGCUCCCUUAUAAUAGAGAUUUUAUCAUUGUAAGAUUAAUUUAUGCUCUAAUGUAAUUGACUCUAGUGUUUCCUGUAACCUGUGGGAGGCAUGGAGAGGUUUUGUUUUGCGUGUUUGUGUGAAUAGCUACUGUAGCAUUAAGUCUUUAACGCUGUAGUGCCCCAGUGACUGGUUGUGCAACAUUUAUGCAGAAAUCUUUUUUAUGUUGUCUGCUAUACGACACCGUUUACAUACACUCGGGCUUACAGUGAAGUCAAAUCAAGUGCCAGUAGCUGUAAUUGCCACCAUGCUACAAGCGCGCUAAAGCCAAAUUUUAAAUAUUCGUCCAACCUGCAGACUUUAAGUUAAACAGACAUUGAUAGCAUUAGAAGUGUCCUAGGCUAGCUUCUUUUCAUCCAUUGCAACUCUGAGUUCUACAUUGGUGGGACCAAGGCAUUGUCUUCCUCCUGGUAGCACUACAGCAGAACUGGUCUGCCUCAGCAUCCUUCAUUCGUUCCCCUCUGUUGCCCAGUGACACAUUGUCUAAGUGACCUAAACUACAGCGCCAUCUGCUGCCUUGAAGAGUGUUACAUGUCUGUAUGUUACGGGACAGGACCAAGAGGGAAACUAUUCCUAAAGGCAUAUGCAAACUGUAUUUCUGACCCAGUAAGUCAUUACACUCAGAUGAACAUGUGGCUUACAGGAAAAGGUACUGAAAAGGCAUUAGUUUAAUUUGUGUUGGCUACUAUUUAUUUUUCAUUAUUUGCAGAAAAAUUCAUGCCACAUCAUUAUCAUUUGAAGAGUUCAGUUGCAAAAACAGAUAUCUCAGUGUUGAAAAAUUGGCAAACAGUAUUUUUUUGUUGUUGCCAUUUUCUACAGAUAUUAUCAAAGACAAUAAUGUGAAUUUUAUCAAGGAUGGGUGUAAUAUUAUUUAGAUUGCAUUAAAAUACAUUUAGCUUAAGCCUAAAAUCACUUUUUAAAAUUGAACUUAUCUGUUUUUGCAAAUGACUCUUCAGUUAUUGGUGAGCCAAACAAGCAUUACUGAAGGAUGGUGAGAUCUAAAAUCCCUUGCUUAACGUGGUUGUAUUGUGUGUAAUAUGAAAAUAGAAUGAAGCUUUAAAUGUAGUCUCCUCUGCUACCUUCUGUUUUUGUGUUAAUACUCUUUUCCAUUCUGCACUGUACUUAAACAAAUGCCUUUUAUUUUUUGUGCAUUAUCUUUUUUAAUCAUAUUUUAACUUUUUGCAUCAUUCUGACGCCUCACUGUCUCCAGACUGAUCUUGAUGUUGUGUUCCUUAACCUUGUAGGCACAGUAUUUUACAGUGAAAACAAAAUAACAAAAUCGUUCAUUUAGUAACUUAUUCUGAUAGACCCAGAUUAAAUGAUGACAUAAUGCUUUUUUUUUUCCUUUUACAAACUUGAGUUGAUCCUUGUAUUCCACUUUGACCCUCACAAACAACUUGCUUUUGAAAUAUGUGUAAUCUUGAAUAGAUUAGUAGAUGAUUGUUCUAACUUAAAAAGAGGGGCAUAACACUACUAAUUCUCUGGGAAAAAUGCAAUGUGGUUGAAAUUAAGACUAGUUUGAGUACCAUGUCUUGUGUCAAUGAUGCAUGAUAUCUGUUUUUUGUUUUGUUUUUUUGUCCCAUCCUGUUUUUGCCUUGUUUUUUGUUUCAUGUUUGCAUUUUUAACCAUAGCCUUGAGCAGGUGUCACCUCUGCUUUAAAAUCCCAUAACCUCCCCCAUAUGCCUUCACUUGGACUUAACUCACGUGUGUCCUUCAGUUACUAUUUUUGUUUGUGAUUUUUGUACCAUGUAGUACAUUUAACUUAAGUUUAAAAAUAACAGGACAUUUUAUUACAUUUUUAUCUGUAUUUUUGGUUAAGGUCAGUUUAGGCAUUGAAUUCAAAAAACUGUUCCACCAUCAUUCAUCAUGUUGUCAUUCAUAACUUUUAACUGUUGAAACUGUAUUUUUUGUUGCUUUUGAGAAAUGGAAUCACAUAAUUCUUGACCCAUAUCUUCAGUAUUCAUUAACUUCUGUUUUUGUUAGAAAACCAUUGAUCUACUUAACAUCACAGUAUAUUUUGUAUAUGAAAAUAGUCUAGAGUAUUUUGCUCUUGUGGGACCAUGACAAAGAGAGCAGUGCAUGUUGCAGUACUAUUAGGAAUGUUUACUAAAUGCAUUUAAAGACCAGUGAACAGGCUCUUUGAAGUAUCCAUUUAAAGGCUAUGCAGUAACUUCUUCAUUGAUAAAACAUUGCGCCAAACUCAGCCUUUUAUGUCUUUCUGGAUUGUUGGCUGGUUUUGUGUUUUUUUUUUUUGUUUUUUUUUUUUUUUUUAUCCUGGAUUUGUCCUGUUUUAGUCUUGAUUAAGAGAGUUGUCUCCUUUUUAAGUUUUUAUCCUGACCAGAAAGUGAGACCUGUUUAAAACUGGAAUACGUAUUUGAUCUAUGCAUCUGUCUGUUUUUAAACUAUGUUCCAGUUUGCGUUCACACUGCUUUUCCUGUUAAGAACUACUACAUUAUGUUCUAUGGUUGUUUCUCCCCACACUGCAUCAUGAUAUGUAAUAUGGUCGAACUUCCUGUUGUGCUAAUGUGUCAUUGAAACCCUGGCAGGACUAAACCUUGCUUCUAUGUGUGUAUUUGAUUGUACAGAGAUUUUGUAAAUAAUAUUAAUAGGUUAUAUCCAACACCAGCAAUCUGUCUGAGGAUAGAGUUUAGCUCAGUGUGAGGGCGGGGUUUCCUGAACACUUUGAAAUUCCAAAGCAGUGGCCGCUUGAAGCAUAUGGAUAAGGUAAUGUUAGUGAUUAGUGUGUAGUCCUGCUGCUGUAGGCCCCAGUGUAAAUCUGCAGGGGUCCAGUUAGUGUUUCAGAGCACUGAUGGUGAUGAGCCCGGGGUUCAGAGCCACUUCUGCUGCUGCUGUUAAUUCUGGUUUGGAAGAAGAGGGUUAAAAUGACUAAUGACAAGACUCUCUGCCUUGUGCAAUGUAUGUUCUGAUGUGAAGGGUUUUGUUUUUUUCUAAAAUGGAAUAAACCCAAAACUGUACAAGA